AACCCUCACUUUGAUGUUGAAAGCAUUUCUACAGUUCUACAGUUCUACAAUCAUGGAUGCCAAAAACAAGGCCAAUGACUUGGCAGCAGCUUUUAACAAUCAUUUUAAAAACAAUCUACAGCAUCAGCUUUUGGGGAAACAAAGUGAAGAUUUCGCGGCUCCUGCCACCCGUCUGCUGAAGAAGAAACAGGAGGAAAAUGACGUCCAUCAGGCAAUGCUGGCCGUCAAAGAAGAUUUCAACAUGACUGCUAGGAACCGGCGGCUGAGAAGGGAAGAGCUGAAAGUCAAGGAAGCAGAGAUCAAGGGUCAUUUAUUGAAAUUUGAUCAGUUUCUUAAGGAGAAUGAGAUGAAGCGCGUUCGGGCCAUGAAGAAGGCGGAGAACGAGCGCAAGCUGGCGCUGCAGAAGGCCAUCGAGCUGCGGGCCCUCGAGGUGGACCUCCAGGUCCUCACGGAGGAGAGGGACCGGCUGGCCAGGCUGGCCAAGAAAAAUGAGAUCUACCUGGACUAUAUGCUUAAAGUGGUCAGGCUGUGCAAGCAGUUUGACGAGCCUCGGCAGGUGAUGCCUCGCUUCGACACACUGGUCCAGACGCGCGAGGACCUGCUGCAGAACUCCAAGGAGGGCGAGGCAUCGGUCAACCAAGCCCUGACUCAGCAGGCACAUUACAUUGAGCAGAGCCAAGACAGAAUCAUCAACUACAACAACAAGCUGGCCCUGCUGCAGACAGAGCUGGACACCGUCACCAGCCACGCCAUGCUGUGGGAGUCCAAGUGGGUACACAUACAGAACACGGCCGCCAAGAAGACCUUGUUGCUAGGCACCAUCAAGAUGGCCACUCUCAACCUCUUUGUGUCCAUGUGUGGCAAAGACAAACGGGGAAUGUGUACAGAGGACACAGGAGAGCAGCUCAGUCAGAUUCAGUCCUUCCUGCUGAAUCUGAUCAGCAUCAUGGAGGAGCUCCACAAGGCAGAGCACAAAUAACUGCGCUGAGGCGAGGUAAAAGACAUGAAAGCUGGGGUAGCCCCAACCCCAUUCUACCACCCCUACCCUCAACGCUAACCCGAACCCCAUCCACCACCCAAAGAUCAACCGACCCCCAGCUACCACCCAAACCUCAAACCUGAGCUGCCUUUUUGGGCUACACUUCAGAAGUCAUCCUCAUCUACACAGAAAUGUAUUAAACAAUUCAACAUUUCA